CAAGGUUAUGGAUAGAAGUACGCAUUUGAUUUCACAUUGUAAUUCGAAAUGUGGUUCAGAAAUCUAAAUCAUUUGGAACGCAGUUACUUUUCUUCAGUACGCUACUGCUCUACAAAUAAUUUCAAAUCCUUCAAAUCAACUGCUGAAAGUAAAAAUCACUCAUGUCUUGAUGGAAAAUUAAAAAUGGUUGGCUGGCAAAUACACAAUUAUGGUCAUACUGAAGAACUGCAGUACGCGAAGGGUCUAAGGAUGCCUCAGAUCCAAAGUUCUUCUGACUGUUUGGUACGCGUUCACGCUACGACAGUUAAUCCUAUUGAUGUUGCAAUGUUGGAAGGGUAUGGAUCGAAAAUGUUCAACAUGUUGCGAUGUAAAUUUUCAAGUGCGAUAGAAUUUCCUUUAAUCCUGGGCCGUGAAUUUUGUGGCGAAGUUAUACAAUGUGGAAUGGGAGCCAAAAACGGACUUCGAGUGGGUGAGCGAGUAUGGGGUGUGGUUCCUCUGCAAUUAAAUGGAUCACAUGCCCAAUACGUUGUUGUACCGGAUUACUGCUUAUCAGCAGCUCCCAAAGGUUUAUCUAAUGAACAAGCAGCAUCUGUUCUCUAUGGCGGACUGACCGCAUGGUCUGGGCUUUACAUUACUGGUCGCUUAGGCGGCAUUUGUGGUGCAGUAUCCAGUACAGGUGGCGGUGCAAAUAAACGAGUUUUGGUGAUGGGUGGCUCUGGUAGUGUAGGGUCAUUGGCAAUACAAAUAUUAAAAUCACAAAAGGCUACUGUAUUUGCAACUUGCAGUGAAGAUGCAAUUGAACUAGUAAAAAAUCUAGGUGCUGAUUAUGUUGUGGACUAUAAAAAUGCCACCGAGUUCGAUGCGUUGAGUAGCUAUGCACCCUUCGAUAUUGUCUUGGACUGCGCGGGUCAAGGAAUAGAGCAGGCUAAUAAAAUUCGUUUCCCGUUUCGUCAAUAUAUAACAUUUUCACCCCCUUUUGUACGCAACUUGGACAAUUUGGGCUUUGGUUUGGGAAUGAUAAAAAAUGUUACCGAUAUGGUCGAAACAAAUACAAAGGCUAUAUAUUCAAAUGGUGGGCUAUUGAAAUGGGGCUUCUUUACGCCAGCUCCGCAAGGAAUUGAACUGCUUUCACAAUUGGUAGAGAAAAAACAGCUGUUGCCGCUCAUUGAUAGUUCGUUUACUUUUGAACAGUUGCCGGACGCUUUUGAUAAGAUGCAACGCGGGCAUUUGCGUGGCAAACUUGUAAUAACUGUGCCUUAAUUAACAUUUAUAAUGAGCAAAGUUUUAUAAAUCGAAGUCUAACUUUUAAAAGGCAGGUAUGUAUACGAUACAAAUUUUCCCACAGUGUUCCGUUCUGCGUACCCCAAUGAGUUCUCCCCUCUCCAAAUAUAGCGGAAACUUUUAAUUUUCGAGUUCUUUGAAGUUAGUUUUUUUUUAAUUUGUUAACCACAAAACGGCUUUUCCGUAUGGAAAUGAGUACUGAUCUCUAUUGUUUUAUUUUCACAAACACUUUAUAUAAUUUAAAGCAGUUAGUACCUUUUUUACUUUAAUUAUUAUUUAUAAAAUCUUAAUAAAAUAAUUAAUUUGUACUCCGCAAUGGAAAAAAGUUGUUCGAAUUCGCCAAACACAAUUAUGAAAAUGCUACGACAGAUAAUGGAAACAGACAAGGUGUAAAAAUUUAUAUUUGGCGGCUGCCGUAGCCGAAUGGGUUGGUGCGUGAUUACCAUUCGGAACUCACAGAGAGAACGUAGGUUCGAAUCUCGGUGAAACACCAAAAUUAAGAAAAACAUUUUUCUAAUAGCGGUCGCCCCUCGGCAGGCAAUGGCAAA